AGGGCGCCAAGCCGAGCGCAGGGCCCUCUAGGCUGGGCGGGCCUGGGGACUCGGUGGCCUUAACUCUUUCUUGCCGCCAGGGCUGAACCCGGGAGGAGGCCGGUCACCCAGGUCGGCCUGGAGCAGCAGCGCUCACGGACCCAGCCGGGGCUGAGCGGGUCCUCCCCGGAAGUGCGUCACUUCUGCCUCCGGUUGGAGCGCGGGUAGCUAGUAGCGCAGGGAGGAUUUUAGGUCGGGUAGGGGGGAACCAGGUGGGUCUAAAUAGUGCGCGGCCUGCGCUCCCAAACCCCGGGGCCUCGGGGGCCCGCCCCUGAGUGGCGCGUGGCGUGGAACUGUCUUCCUUAGAGCGGUGGCCGGGCCGGCGGCAACUUGUGGUAGAGCCCCGGGAAGAGGGAGCGGCCUUCACGAAGCCAAGCCGUCCGAGGUAACCUAGAAGCGGCUUCCGCUUCGGCGCCGGCCCCGGAGCCUCCGAGAGACUGCGGCCGCUGCUUGGGGCCGCUGCACAGCGGCCGGUGGUGUUUCCGAGACGGGCAACAGGACUGUCUGGGGCGAGGCCCGCCGUCAGGCUCGUGAGGCCGCUUUCUCCAACGUUUGUGCGGGUGGCGCCCAGGGCCGCGCGGCGGGACCCCGCUCGGACACUGCCCGCAGGUACAGUGCUCGCGGGCGCGCCCGGGCGGUCGUGUUCACUUUCCCGCCUCCGCCGGCGUUUCCUUUACUGGCUGAUGUUACUGCGGGAGAAACGGGCGGUCCAGCCUCAGUCAGAUCAGCUUCCUCUGAUGCAAAAGCCUGGGAAGUGUCCCCAGCACCUCAGAGCCGUCGGGAGCCGGCCGUUUGUGAACACCGUGGCUUCCUGGGCAGAAUUUCGGUGCCCUUUCUGCUGGAUCACCUCAGGGAAAGUGAGCCUCACGAGGCUGUCCUCAGCCUCGCUUAGAGGUGUAAAUGAGCCCUGGAGAAAUGUAGCAGCUGAAUGUAAUCAUGACCAACUAACAUGCUGUCCUUUUUCUUCCAAUUGACAUUUGGAUAAACAUUUUGUGAACAAGGAUCAGCUGUAAUUUUUCCUAGGUCAAGUAACGAGAAAUUAAAAAUACAGGUAUAGGACUUACCUCGUGGCGCAGUGGUUGGGAAUCAGCCUGCCAAUGCAGGGGACACAGUUCUAGCCCUCGUUCAGGAGGAUCCCACGUGCGGCGGAGCAGCUAAGCCCGUGGGCACAAAUGCUGAGCCUGCGCUCUGGGGACUGCGAGCCACAACUGCUGAACCCGCGAGCCACAGCUACUGAAGCCGGAGCGCCUAGAGCCUAUGCUCCUCAAUGGGGCGUGGCCCCAGUCGUUGCAACUAGAGAAAGCCCAUGCGCAGCAGCGAAGACCCAACACAGCCAUACAUACAUACAUACAUAAAUAAGUGAAUUUGGAAAGGAAAGGAAAAAUACACAGCUCUCCUGCCAGUUUUCAUACAAUGGAAAGGAGCACCUCAAAUGUUCCAGGAAGUGAAGGCUUCCAUCUUCCCAAAAGGACAAAGGAAGAAGAUCCUUUUAUUGAUUUUGUUCCAGACCAGACUGGGCCUCAGUUUUCAGAGGUAGUGCUGGAGGUGUGUCCAAUACAGGAGCAGAAUUGUUCCUCGAGAAGAAUGAUGACCAUAGAUCUGAAGGUGGCUGAGUACUUGAACCCUCAGAUCAGGACUCUGUGGGAGACCAAGGGACCUGUGACAGAGAGCUCCAGUCGGCAUAAGAAAUAUGCCCCCCAAACGGACAGUCCCAGUCCUGAGAGGUCUCACCAGCACUUCCGGAGCUUCCUCUAUCAUGAAGCAGCUGGACCCCGGGAGGCUGUUGACCAGCUUCUGGAAUUAUGCCGUCAGUGGUUGAGGCCAGAGAUUCAUUCAAAAGAGCAGAUCUUGGAACUUGUGGUGCUAGAGCAGUUCCUGUCCAUUCUGCCCAGGGACACCCAGACCUGCAUAAAGAAGCACCAUCUACAGAGCAUUGAGGAGGCUGUGGUCCUGGUAGAACACUUGCAGAGGGAAUCUGGUCAAAAGAGGAAUGGGGUUGCAGAGCAUGAGCUGGGAAAGGACGCAGUGCUCUUGGGAGAAACAGCAGAGGCCCCAGGCUUCAAGCGGAAGCCAGCAGAGGCCCAGCAAGUGGGCAUGUCCCAGGAUGAAGAAUUUUGGGAUACACACCAGAGUCUACAAGAGCUGCUGAUCAGGAAUACCCACAAAGAAAUUGAGCCCGUAUGUGAGAGGGAAAUGAGCCUAGGAUAUUCAGAAACAGAAGCGAGAGAGAUUUCCUGUGGCUCUCCUUCACCCACAGCGGUGUCUGCUCACCGGAUCCUAGCCUUUCCUGAGCAGACAAACAGCAAAGACUGGACAGUGGCACCUGAGCUCAUCUUGUCUGAGUCCCAGAGCUUGUUGACAUUUGAAGAAGUGGCCAUGUAUUUUUCCCAAGAAGAAUGGGAGUUACUGGAUCCUACUCAGAAGGCCCUCUACAAUGAUGUAAUGCAAGAAAACUAUAAGACUGUCAUCUCUCUAGAACUGAGCCUAGGAUGUUCAAAGACAGAAGGGAGAGAAAUUCACUCUCACUCUUCUACAGCGGUGCCUGCUCACCAGAUCCUAGCCUUUCCUGAGCAGACAAAUGCCAAAGACUGGACAGUGGCACCUGAGCUCGUCUUGCCUGAGUCCCAGAGAUUGUUGACAUUUGAAGAAGUGGCCAUGUAUUUUUCCAAGGAAGAAUGGGAGUUACUGGAUCCCACUCAGAAGGCCCUCUACAAUGAUGUAAUGCAAGAAAACUAUGAGACUGUCAUCUCUCUAGCAUUAUUUGUGCUCCCCAAACCUAAAGUGAUCUCCUGUCUAGAGCAGGGGGAAGAGCCGUGGGUUCAAAGAUCCCUGGAGUUCAAGGACAAUUCUGGAGAGUUGCCUACAGCAGGGCUAAAGCUCAAAAAUGACACUGAAAAUCUUCAGCCUCUAUGUCUUUCUGACUUAGAAAUACAAGUACCAGUAGAUAUAGCAUCAAAAAAGGCCAGAUUGAAAGUCCCCCAGAAAACAAUGGGCAAAGAAAAUCAUGGUGAUAUGCAUAGGGUGGGGAAAUGGCACCGAGAUUUUCCAGUGAAGAAAAAAAAGAAACUUUCAACCUGGAAACAAGAGCUGCUGAAACUUAUGGAUCUUCACAAAAAAGAACGUGCAGGAGAGAAGCCUUUUAAAUGCCAGGAAUGUGGGAAAAGCUUCAGAGUUAGCUCUGACCUUAUUAAGCACCAAAGAAUUCACACUGAAGAGAAACCAUAUAAAUGUCAGCAGUGUGAUAAGAGGUUUAGGUGGAGUUCAGAUCUUAAUAAGCACUUAACAACACACCAAGGAAUAAAACCAUAUAAAUGCUCGUGGUGUGGGAAAAGCUUCAGUCAAAAUACAAAUCUCCACACACACCAAAGAACUCACACUGGAGAGAAGCCCUUUACAUGUCAUGAAUGUGGAAAAAAAUUCAGUCAAAAUUCCCACCUUAUUAAACACCGGAGAACUCACACAGGUGAGCAGCCUUAUACCUGUAGCACAUGCAGGAGAAACUUCAGCAGACGCUCAAGCCUUCUUAGACACCAGAAACUCCACCAGUAAAGGGAAGCUUGUUCAGUGUCCUCAGUCUGAAGAAAUCCACCAAGUGGAGCUGGACCUUAAAGUUAUGAAAAGUACAAAAUUAUGAAGCAUGAAGAAUUUUUCAUCAGUGGAAUUUUUCAUCAGGAAACUUUGGGAAAUAAACAUGUUUCACAGAAGGAAUCAAGGUUGAGUCUGCAGGGAAUGUGUUAGUUGUACUACUUGCUGUUUUUACUAAAACUUUCAGGGAUUUCCUUAGCAGGAGAGGUGUUCUAAGAACAUUCAGAGUAAAGGGAAAAGCUGUUUUGGGACUGUAUUUGGCAGAAUAGCAAAUUCAGCUUCAAAUAGUGGAUGCAGCCAUGAAUUCUUCUGUGGUCACAGAGGUGAAUAUUGUUGGUUUGCAUUGAUUUCCUCAGCCACUCUUAAACAUGCAUGUUAGAAACAUUUGUAGCAUGGUCUUCCAAAACAGAAAGCAAUAAUAUGAUGUUUAAUUGCAUACCAUUGUCUUCCAGGUUUACCAAUUUCAGUAAUCUCAUGGGCAGAAAUGAAUUCUAAUGUAAAAUUUUUGAAGAACCAAAUUGGAUUUUCUUAACUGUCCCAUCAUCGGGUACUGUUCACAAAUUUGGACAUUGUUUGAGUUCCUUUUUUAACUUUUUAGCAAAUUCAGCUCUGGAAUACUAUUAGUACAGUUUUUACUGUGAUGAAAUCAUAUUUACUUCACCAAUAGGGAAUCUGCCCAGGUGAACUAAUCACUAUUGUAUGCCUCUCUGGUGGUGGAUGGAAAAGGGAGAACACCUCUAAGAAGGAGAUAAUAUGGAAACGGGUUGGAAUCUUUAGCCAUGUAAAGAAGAAUUUUCUCGAGUAAAAGAAACUAGACUGUUUACUUAUGUCACAAUAUCAAUAGGAUAAAACAGCCAUAAAAAUGAGCACUUUUCCAAGGUCUAAAUGGAAAUUAAUGGCAAUUCAGGAUCACCUUCUCAGGUUUUUAUCUGUUUGCAUUUUAACUUGGCUUUUGUAUGUCAUUAAGAACAAGGAGGGCUUCCCUGGUGGCGCAGUGGAUGAGAGUCCGCCUGCCGAUGCAGGGGGACACGGGUUCGUGCUCCGGUCCGGGAAGAUCUCACAUGCCGCAGAGCGGCUGGGCCCGUGAGC